UUACUCAGUUCAUUGCUUUUAAAUUUUCGUUAGUGGUCUAGCCUUUCUGGGUAUCUGAAUACUGAGUUUCAGCAUCCCAGCAUCAUGUCUGGUUCUUAAUAGAAUUCCUUAACAGAAGGGAUGAUGGGAAUGGGAGACAGAAUUAUGUUUUGCUUUGCUUGAGACUGCAAGUUUUUAGAAGCUUGGAGGAGGAAGGCUUAAGUUGUCAGAUAAAGCAAUGCCGGUUCCUCUCGCCCCGUAUCCUACGGCUCCAGUACAAUUUAUGCCAGCAAACGUCCCAGGUGCACAGAGCCAACUUGUUUGCUCUGGCUGUCGAAACCUUCUUGCCUAUCCGGUUGGAGCAACAUCUGUAUGUUGUGCUGUUUGCAAUGCAGUUACAGCUGUGCCGCCUCCUGGAACUGAAAUGGCUCAAUUGGUCUGUGGAGGCUGCCACACCUUAUUGAUGUAUAUUCGUGGAGCUACAAGUGUGCAGUGUUCUUGUUGUCACACUAUCAAUCUAGCCAUGGAAGCAAACCAGGUUGCACAUGUAAACUGUGGGAACUGCAGGAUGCUCUUGAUGUACCAAUAUGGAGCACGAUCUGUGAAAUGUGCAGUUUGCAAUUUUGUGACAUCAAUUGGGGCUUUACCAAUCACUGCUGAGCAGAAGUUCAACAAUUAAGGCUCAUAUGCAACUAAGCCAGCAAAUACAGACUUCAUGAGUUCAUUCUUCCUUCAUACGGCAUGUCACCUAAUUGCUUGUAUCAACAGGUGGAUAAUAUACCUCCUAGCUGAACGUAUAGAGUUCUUUUUCUUUCUUGGCCUCGCACUCAAUAAGAAGUUUUGGCAGGCUGUAUAAUGUGAACAUUAUUCUACGAGAAGACUGUUAGGUUGUGAUGAAAUUAUAAAAUUUCAAAUUAGGCUUUUGUAUUCUAUUACUUUAUGCAACAUAGUAGCACGAUCAUGUAACACUUCCAAUA